GAGCCGUAGUGCGGGCGAUGCAGGCGGCGCUGCGGGUGCAGCUGGGCCGGGCGCGGCGGGCGCUGCGUGUGUCCGAGUUGGCCCCGCGGCCGCGGUGCGUCGGACCCGGCUCCGUCCCGUCCCCGCGGUGCUGGAGCUGCGGCGUCGCGCUGUCCGGCCUCGAUGCGGUCCCGCACUUCUGUCCCCGCUGCCGGGCCCUGCAGCCGCCGGAGCCUCGUCCCGACCUGUUCCGCCUGAUGGAGUGUGAUCGCUCCUUCCGCAUCGACACGCAGCGGCUGCAGCGGCGGUUCCGGAGCCUCCAGCGAGCGCUGCACCCAGACCGCUUCGGACAGAGCCCGGCGAAGGAGCAGCACUACUCGGAGCAGCACUCUUCCCUCAUCAACAAGGCCUACCAGACAUUGCUGCACCCCCUGAGCCGCGGCCUCUACCUGCUGGAGCUGCGCGGUGUGGAGCCGGCGCAGGAGACGGACUGCGAUGAGGAUAAGGAGUUUCUCAUGGAAAUCAUGGAAAUCAAUGAGAAAUUAGCAGAGCCUCAGAACGACGAGAUCCUCGGGGAGAUAGAAACGUUAAUUAAAGACAGACAAGAAGAACUGACCAAAGAGGUGACUGCAGCUUUUGAAAGAGAUGACCUUCAGGAAGCUAAGAAGCUUCUUGCCAAAAUGAAGUACUUUGCAAACCUGGAGGACAAACUAAAGAACAAGAAGAUCCCUUCCUGAUAGCAUCUCAUUUACUAUUAAGAAUUAAUGUAACUUUUAUUAAACUGUUGACUUGCACCAAACACA